UUGAACAGCAAACAAGUAUGAUAUAUACAAGUACAUAAGGGUUAAUACGUGUAUUAUGCACUCGACCCCUCCAUUUUAUGCCACCGAAGCUUUUUUCUCUUUUCUCAUGAAUAUUUAUUCAUCAGAUUGGCUGAGAAGUUGGUUACACGUCAUUUGGACAACAGUACAAGAAAGACGCAUAAUUCAAAUGCAUCUAGUCAUAUUGUGGAGUUUGAAGUUCAGGAAAAGGUAGGUAUUUCCAGUUAUUCUCAUCUAUUCCCAUUGAUGUUAAGAACUGAGAACAUAGGACCUACAAGGCUGAAGGACCUACCCUUCCGUCUGAUUCUUUUACUGGUCAAAUACAUAGUGUUACAUUCAUGAUGGAUUUCUCCAGAUUUUCCCCUCUACCCCUUUUUAUACACUUUCGCCGUAUUUUCACGACUACUUUAUUUGUACCUUGCUAUAUCAGCGAUCAUUGGCACGGCGUUAGGGAUUCGAAUUUCGAAGACACGAAACCUCAAACUGCGAUAGGGCUUGCUUGGUGCUUUAUUUCUUUUACGUUAUGCCCGUUAAAUUAAGUUCUGGGAUCAAAAGCCGCCGGUAAAUGACAAUUGCCAUUGACAAAUCCUAAAAUGUAGGUUUCCCCGACAUUUAGACACUAUCACCAUCGAUAAGUUAUCAUUGAUUUCUCCAAGGUUAUCUUUCGGCGAUCUCACGGUCUGUAAAGUCAGUGUUUGACCCUUUAUUAACACUUUUAUAUACUACACUUCAACUUCCUCAAUUGCUAGAGAUUCAACUUCUCAGCAUUUCCUUCAUCCAUCCUUGUUUUCUUGCUCAUCAGCAUAUCCUAUCUUAAUUUGCUUUUGUUUCGGGUAUUUCAUUUCGUUGACAAUGGCGGCUUCAAAUCAAGAUGCUGCGUUGGCAACUAUGGGAUACACGGCUGAAUUGCCUCGUUCCCUAAGUAUGAUGAGUAUUCUGGGCCUGUAUGUUACAUCGUCUCGCCCUUGUUAGCCAAUGCUAACCAAAGUAUCAGAUCAUUCGCUAUUAUGGCAGUUCCAUUUGGUCUCAGCACGACAUUCGCUUACUCCCUGACCGAUGGACAAUCUGUGACGGUCUUAUAUGGCUGGAUCUUCGUAUCAUUUAUAUCACUUUCUAUCGCUGCGUCAUUGGCUGAAAUUUGUAGUGUGUAUCCAACAUCUGGAGGCGUAUAGUGAGUAUAAUCUCAAAUAUUUCUUUUUUAAUUUAAAACCAUCGACGGCUGCACUUGUCAAUGCCGAAACUCUCCGAGAAUGCCGAGGUCUUUACUAAAGUCCAGAACUGACUCUGAAAUGUAGUUACUGGUCUGCUAUGCUUAGUACCAGAAAGUAUGCUCCUGUUGUUUCCUGGAUCACGGGUUGGUUGACCUUGGUGGGCAAUUGGACUGUGACUUUGUCCAUCAACUUUUCGGUAUGUUCAACCCUUUAGGAUGAACAUGUCCAAAAUGCUAACACUUAGUAUCAGGGUGCACAACUAAUUCUAAGUUCUAUCUCGGUCUUUAACGAGGAUUUCGUAGCCAAUGCAUGGCAAACAGUCCUAUGUUUCUGGGCCGUUAUGGCAAUUGCUUUCUCAGUAAAUGUGUUCGGUGCUAAGUACCUGGAUUUGAUCAACAAGAUCUGUAUAUAUUGGACGUCGGCUUCAGUUAUUAUCAUCAUCGUCACUCUUUUAGUAAUGGCAGAUGAUCGUCGAGAUGCUGAGUUUGUUUUCGCUCAUUUCGAUGCCUCAGCAUCUGGUUGGCCUUCCGGCUGGGCUUGGUUCGUAGGACUUCUUCAAGCCUCCUAUACAUUGACCGGUUACGGAAUGGUCGCCGCCAUGUGUGAAGAAGUGCAAAACCCUGAACGAGAAGUUCCCAAAGCUAUGGUACUAUCAGUCUUCGCAGCAGGUGUUACUGGAGUACUCUACUUAAUUCCUCUACUAUUCGUACUCCCAGACGUAUCUUCAAUUCUCGGUCAAUUAAACGGCCAACCAAUCGGCUACAUCUUUAAAACAGUAACCGGUUCCGCAGCCGGUGGAUUCGGGCUUCUUUUCCUCAUCCUCGGUAUUCUCUUUUUCGCCGGUGUUGGCGCUCUCACUGCCGCAAGUCGUUGCACCUAUGCCUUUGCACGCGAUGGCGCCAUUCCCGGUUCUCGUCUCUGGAAGCGCGUGCACCCUCAGUAUGAUAUUCCAUUGUGGGCUCUUGUCCUUUCCACCGUCGUGGAUUGUAUCCUAGGAUGCAUUUAUUUUGGUUCCACCAGUGCUUUUAAUGCAUUCACCGGUGUGGCUACUAUUUGUCUGUCCGUUUCAUACGGUAUUCCCAUUUUGGUUAACCUUAUCCAAGGGAGACAGGCGGUAAAACAUGCUUCAUUCUCGUUGGGAAGAUUUGGCUUUGUUAUUAAUGCUAUUACUGUUGUUGUGAGUACUAGAGAAAACGCACCCUCUUCUGAUCGCUUUACUAAUUGAUCAUUAUACAGUGGAUUACCCUAGCCAUCAUCCUUUUCUGCAUGCCAACCGCCAUUCCUGUCACUCCUGUAAGUAUGAAUUACGCGAGUGUAGUCUUUGUAUUCUUCGCUUCUAUAAGUCUCCUCUGGUAUUUGAUUAGAGGUAGAAAAGAGUUCAGUGGGCCCCCGGUUGUUUCGGCUGAGGAGGCGGAACAUAAUGGGCAAAUUGUGGGUGGCGUGGGGAGAGUUGUCACGGAAGAUGGUAGUGCGCAAGCUUCAUUUGGAAGUGACACAGAGAAGGCGAAUCGGAAGUGAGCGGUUAGAUUAUGUACGAUUAUGAGUAUGAUAUAUGGAUAUCAUGUGGUAAUAUGGCUUGGAUGAACCAAAAAUGCAGCGACUUUGAUAAAAUAGAACGGUGUUAGAUUUCUAUAGAUAUC